GACUUUAUAUCUUGUUCUUUUAGAUAAAAGUGACGAAUGUUGUUCAACUCACCUCAAUGAUGGUGAUUGUGUUAUCAAUGUUGCUGGACUUGAGAACUUCACGAGGGAAGUUAAACUGGCAGAAUGGGGUCUUUCAUAUGCUGUAGUAUCCAUUAUGGGCCCACAAAGUAGUGGGAAGAGUACGCUGUUAAAUCAUCUUUUCUUUACCAACUUCAGAGAGAUGGAUGCUUACAAGGAAAGGUCACAAACCACAAAAGGUAUUUGGAUAGCUCGAUGUGCUGGGAUUGAGCCUUGCACCCUUGAUAUGGACUUAGAGGAAACUGAUGGAAGAGAACGAGGAGAGACAAAAUUGAAUGAGGCAUUAGCUGGACUUGUUGAGGAUCUUUUAGAUGGAGCUGGUGAUGAUACAUGGCCAGCAAUAAGAAAGCUGCUUCAGCAUGAGACUGAAACAGCAGUCUCUGGUUUCUCUACUGCACUUUCUGGUCUCGAAAUGGAUGAACAAGCUAGUGAUAAUAUGGUUUCAAGAUUGACGGAUUAUGCAUAGGAAGUGGUCGAAGCAAAGGCAAAGGAAGAAGCUGGAAGGGUUUUGAUUCAUAUGGAGGAUAGGUACUGGUAUGAGUUAUUCCAUUCUCACUUUUCUGUGACACGAUAGUUGGGAUAUGAAGAAGGGUUACUGACCUGAAAGUAAUUGACAGGUUUUCAACAUUAUUUAGCCAUGAUUCUGAUCAAUGCCAGAUCGGAAAGGAAGAAAUCCGGGCAAUUACCAGAACUGCUAGAUCAGCUUCUCUGAAGCUCCUGUCAGUUGUGGCUGCAAUUCGCUUGGAAGAUGAAGGUGAUAGUAUAGAGAAGACACUAGCCCUUCCUCUUGUGGAUAGACAAUCAGGCUCUUCCACGCUGAAGAGCUCCACAUCAGUUGAUCCUCUAGCCUCUAGCACUUGGAAUGAG